UAUAUAUACUAUAUACAUUGUUGCCACCAAGGAUACAUUUUACAUACAAUUAUUAAAAUGUCUUUUCGUUUGAUAACAACCAUGCAGAAGCCGGUCCCUCACAUUUCAAUGUCCGAUUGGAAUUCCAACACGGAUCGUCUGCGAAAUGUGGCAAUUGCACGCCGUGCUGAUGCCUUGGCCAUGCGUAGUUCAUCCCGGCUGCUCAGGAAUCAGUCUCACAUCGAGUGUGAUUGGGCAAACUAUGAGUCGAACAACGCGCUGGAUGCUCGAGUUAUCGAAGUGAAAACCUGGCGAGAUAUUAUUUCCAAGGUAUUUGAAUGCUUGGUGCGGGAGAUCCAUGCGCUGGAGUCGGAGAGGAAGGCUGCGGAACAUGAGCUGGAGUGGCAGGCAGGCCCCUUAUCGCUUUUAAGAGAGAUGCAUUUUGUGCGCGAUGAUCGAGUUACUUCGGAGUUGACCUACGAUCGGGCCGGCCAGGAGUUAUUGAAUGAACUCUAUUUGCUAGAGAACAAUGCGCGGUUGCUGUCAGAUCGCAUCCAGAAUGCAUGGGAGAAGUUGUCGCGUCUGGAAGUAGUGCGCUUUAAGGUUGAAAGCGAGCUGCGAAACAAAUCAGAAACUGUAAACAUAGACACAACACAACGGGCUCUAGAUUGUAAUUCGGAUUCCAUAUCCUUUACGGUGGAUCCGACGCUUGCGCCCAAAAACUUCCGCUCGUACGAGAAUUGGCUGACGUGGACUCACAAUUUGAAGCAGAUGGCUGAGAACGAAACGGCCGACACAGCUGGCAUACGGGAAUCACUAUUUGUGUGCCGUGAAAAGGCCCGUAGCAUGCUGCUAGCCCAACAGGAGCGCACCAAUCAUUAUUUGCGCCUUCGAAUUUUUCAAACCCAGCAGGCGUACAACGAGCUGGAGUGGCAGCGCCUUAGGAUGAUGGACGACUUAAAGGCAUCUAAUUGUGAGAUACAAGAUAUGGAGGAUGCGCUGAAUGACAAGACAAAUAGGAUAAAGUUGGCUGAGACUCGCCUUGAGAAUCGCAAAUAUCGUUGCUCCACUGAACUGUGUCUGGACGAAGUGUACGAAGUUCUAUGCUUAGAGGUUCAAAAGCUGCGCGAAAUCCAGCGUUGUCUUAUGGAGAAGCUCAACGAAUCUAGGGCCAAUUUCAAUCUUUUAUCGAAUCAUGCUAAUAAGAUCGAGGACGAUCUGGCCAAAAAACAGCACGCAAUAAUUACUGACAAAAAAACUGUCGAGUUGCGGCAGCGUUUUUGGGAUGAUGACGCUGGAAUACAGACGCACAAUCCAUGUCCUCAGACUGAUCGAAAUAUAGAACUCACCCACUCAGAGAAUAUUACUGCAAAAAAAUGAAAGAGUGUAUGGUACCAUUUUUUAUUCCUAUUGUUUCAAUAAAGUGCCAACAAUA